CCCUAAAAAAAGUAAAACUUCUGUUCUCUCAUAUAUUCCUCUAAUAACCGCCCCCUCUCAACAUACGCCGAUUUCCCUUAAUUACACCAGAUAAUACCCAAUCAUACCACAAGAUCAUUCGAGUGACUGCCUGCUGCCCACCAAUGACGACGCCGUCGGACCCCCCUCCGUCGUACGAGGAAGCCGUCCGGGGCGGACCCGAGGCGCUGCCCCGGCAGGCGCGCAACGGCAUUCCGCUGCGGGCGCGGCGGAGCAUGGAGGACGAGCUGCGGCCGCUGCCCCACGGCUGGGUGCGCGAGCUCGACCCGGAGACGCGGCACCAGUUCUUCGUCGACACCCUGGCGUCGCCCCCGCGCUCCAUCUGGCACCACCCGUACGACGACGACACAUACCUCGACUCCCUUCCCCCCGCCGAGCGCGACCGGAUCCGCGCCACCCGGUCCGCCGCCCAGCGCCGCCGGCCCAGCGCCGCCGAUAUCGUCGCCGAGGAGACCGACGGCGACGAUGGCGAAUCCGACUAUCACUCGUCCCCUUCCUCCCCCUCCUCUCCCCGCCGCGAGGGCGAGAAUCAGGACCGGGGCCAGGCCGGGGAUGAUGAAGAAGAAGAAGAAGAAGAAGAAAAGAAGCCGAACCAACACGACCGAUGGCGGCAGCGGCGGCACUCGCUGGGCCGCAGGCUCAAGGACCGGCUGACGGGGACGACGCACGAGCAGCGGGCGGCGGAGCGGGCGAGGCGGGCGGCGGCGGAGCGCGAGCUGUACCGGCAGCACCGGCUGGUGCGGCGGGCCAUGAUCGACGCGAUGCACACGGGGCGGCCGCAGCCGCUGGGGGUGGCUUGGGGCGGCGACGCGUCCGGGUCGUCGUCAUCGUCGUCGUCUUCGUCGUCUCCUCCUUCAUCGGCGCGCCUCUACCUCGAGCCCCCCGGCCGCACCUUUCCCGGCGUCGUUGCCGUCCGCCGCCUCAGCCCCUACCUGAGCGAGGUCAUCUACGACCGCGAGCGGCGGCCCGGCCCGCCCGGGCGCUACCUGCGGCCCGAGGGCGACAUGUACGGGGUCGGGUACGGCGGGUACGGGUGCGGUGGGCACGGGGGCGGGCGGUGGGACCGGCCGCAGGUGGCGUACGGCAGGCCGCUCGGGACCGGGUUCGGGGGCGGGCUGGGGAUGCCGCUGAUGAUGCCGUCGCUCCUCGGGGGCAUGAUGCUAGGCGGGUUGAUGGGGUCCGCUUUCUAGUAACCUCAAACAACGAGAGGGGGUUGAGAUGGAUGGUUUGGGAACACAGGGAUCUAACACAGGGAUCUGACACCUGCAACAAGAUCGCUGCUGUUGUGUGAUAUGUGUGUUCCAAGUGUGCUCCUAGCACAAAAAAAAAAGGAAAGGAUUUUUUUUUGUCGGCAGAACAACCUAGGUCAUGUGUGUCUUGGUUGUUAUUGGAUUAUUCUUGCUUCAGUAAGGCGAACAUCAAGAACCCCCAAGUCCCGCUGAGAACACGAUGGAGUUAUUAAUUAGUAAACAAGCGUGGCACCCAGUCCUCUCUUUCCCAUUCUUGGAUCUCUGGACCUUAUCGGGACGCGUCCGGCGUCCAGCCAGGUUCAGCCAUUUCGAACCCGCUCGGGUCAAAACCCGGCGCGACUAUGGGUGACGGGAGACGGUUAUUAUUAGUUGCAGCUCACACCCGUCUCGCCCAAAAAAA